AUGCUAUACAGAAAUCCCUCUGCCAGGAACUAUUCCAUCCCAAACGCAAGUCCACUAUCGAGUUCUAUACGCAAUUUUCAUCAAAAGUUCUUCCCUUCUCACACUCAAACGCGGUUGACGAGUUUACCUACCAUCGCAGAAGAGCUUUGCGUCGCCCACGUCUUUCUCAAGAAUGAAUCUUGCCGAUUUGGAUUACCAGCGUUCAAAAUUCUGGGAGCUUCCUGGGCGAUAUUUUCUGCAUUGGCCGAGAAACUGAAACUCGACCUGAAUGCAUAUGAAAUGGAUCUCGAGUCGUUCAAAGGACGGUUGGCGUCGAUGGAUGAAGAAGAAAAGGUCACUUUGUAUACAGCGACGGACGGAAAUCAUGGAAAAGCUGUUGCGCACAUUGCAAAGAUGCUUAGCCUACAUGCAAAGGUCUUCGUGCCCGAAGCAGUCUCGGAAACCUCUCGAAGACAUAUACAGGGUGAAGGUGCAGAGGUCAUAAUAGUACAUGCAGACUACGACGAAACCGUUCAGAGAGCUGCUAAAGAAGCAGCAGAAAACGGAGGGCUUUUGAUCCAAGAUACAUCCUGGCCUGGCUAUGAAGAAGUACCCAAGCUCAUCGUUCAAGGAUAUUCGACUCUUUUCUCAGAGGUGGCCGAUCAACUUGCCGAUCAAGGCAUCUCACCCUCCCUCAUUGUCGUACCUGUGGGUGUAGGCUCCCUAGCCCACUCGGCCGUUCAGUUCUAUCGCUCUGGCGUCCUUUCUUCAGUGUCACCGCCUUCGAUCCUCGCAGUAGAACCUCACACGGCAGCUUGCCUCAACACUAGCCUUCACAUUGGGAAAAAUACACCCAUACAAACUAGCCACACGGUCAUGGCCGGUCUCAACUGUGGUACUGUAUCUCAUACAGCUUGGCCUGAUCUCCUCUCCGGUGUGGAUUUGUCUAUUAUAGUAUCGGAUGAUGAAGUCUCGAAAGCGGUAGAAGAUUUGAAGGUCCUUGGGGUUCGUGCAGGUCCUUGUGGAGCCGCACCCCUGGCAGCACUACGAGCCUUACCGGAUGGCGUCCUUGAUCCAUCGACCGUGGUUGUUUUGAUAUGCACAGAAGGGCAAAUCUGA